CGAUGAGACCGUGUGAAUGAAACUCCAACAUCUGUUGAGAUUGGGGACAGUUAAAUCAAUAUUACAGAGAUGAAAGGAGUAAAAGGUGUAGUGCUACUACUGUGUGCAGCAUGUGUCAUUGCAAAGUCGAAAAGUGACAGGGCCCGAUCAGCUAGAUGGAUAUCAGGGAGGGCUUUGAAGGUUAUAGUGGAGGAUUACACAGAUUUGAAUGCCUUUAAGAAGCUUGUAAAACCCAUUUUGAUCCCAAGAAUGCCGGACACAGAGGGCAGUACAAUAGUCAGAAAUUAUCUUGUCAGCAAGCUAAGAGCCCUGGAUUGGCAUGUCGAAGAGGAUGUGUUUCAGGAUAUGACCCCCUAUGGCAUCAAAACUUUUACCAACAUCAUAGCAACACAGGAUCCUAGAAAACCCAAGAAAAUGGUACUGGCUGCUCACUAUGAUUCUAAAAACAUUACAGACAGAUAUGGAAAUGCUUUCAUUGGAGCAACAGACUCAGCAGUGCCCUGUGGCAUACUUCUGGAUAUGGCUAUCCAGCUGAACUGUUUGUUUGAGAAGGCCCAAGGAGAAAGGGCCAGAGACAUCACCCCCCAAAUUGUGUUCUUUGAUGGAGAAGAGGCUUACAAAGAUUGGACUGCCACAGAUUCUAUUUAUGGAGCGAGGCACCUGGCCAACAAAUGGGAAGCAGAAAAUGUUUUACCAAAUGUGGAAAUCUUUGUUCUUUUGGAUUUGAUUGGAACCAGUGAUGUACAAUUUCACAACUUCUUCCCACAAACAGCAAAUGCCUUCGAACUCUUAGCAAGAAGAGAACUACAACUUAAAAAGGACAGACUCCUCCAUGAUAACAAUAGAAUUCUGUUUAAUACUCACCAGUUCUUUGGUGGUGGCAUUGAAGAUGACCACAUUCCAUUUUUACACAAAGGGGUACCAAUCCUUCAUCUGAUAUCAGCACCAUUCCCAAGCGUGUGGCACAGAAUGUCAGAUGACGCAGCACACAUAGACUAUCACACAACAGAAGAUUUCAAUAAAAUAUUCCGUGUUUUCGUAGCCAGCUAUUUACACCUAGAUGCCUUACACAAUCAGUGCAGAAGGAAAAAGUAAUGGAGGUUUUUGAAAACUUGAAAUCACAACCAUUUCCUAAGAUGAAAAUAUACUUACUGAUAUUUGGUUUAAAAAAGAAGAAAAUUAUUCUUUGUAGUACUUAAGUAUUAAUAUGAUAUUCAUUUUUGGAGCAUUCAUUUAAUGAUAUAUCCCUUAUUAGCCAAAUCUUUAUUUGCAA